UUAAACGGGGUGGGCGCGGCGAGCGUGGAAACGGAAAGCCCAAAGCGGCAAGAGACCGAGCUCUCGCGAGACAACGACGGCGAAGUCUCGCGGUGCCCUCGCUGCCUGGAGGUCGUUCCCGAAGGAGAAAGAAGCCGCCGACUCUUCCCACGCCGUUCGCAGCCGAUGACCAUGUUCUCCCGCCUUACCCGGCCCGCCUCCGCCGCGCUCCGCAGAGGGUUCGCCACCUCCUCCCAGGUAGUUGAAGCGGGGAGGCGACGGGGGCCCGCGAGGGUUACCUGACGUGGGAUGAGGCAGCGGCGGCAGCGAGUAGCCGUGGCUUGGGCCUGCUUGAAUGAGAUAGUGCGCAUGCGUCUGGGGUGUUCUGUGCUCGGCGCUGUGCAAGGCAGCCAGGUUUUGGUGGCGCUGCACCCGACGGGGUUACGGGGGCUGGUCGGCUGUUGCCCAGUUGAUUAUUUUUGUUAUUACUCUGUUGCAUUUUAAUCCAAGGAGCUCGAGGUGGUGCACAUGGUUCUCCUCCCUCUCCAUUUCAUCCUCACAACAAUCCUGUGAGGUAGGCUAGGCUUGGAGGCAGUGACUGGCCCUCAAGGUCACCCAGAGAGCUUCAUGCGGGGAUUGGACUCCCCCAGGUCUUUAACACCACACUGGCUCACUGUUGGAGGUUAUAGCUGACUUCAUCAUUUCCCUUUGGGUUGGUUAGUUCAUUCAGUCACAUACACUUGCAGAUGAGAGAGAAACUUCCUAAUGUUGAGUGGAGGUGUAAUCCAUUCAAAUGCAUAUGCAGCUGAUGCAUUUUGUCUUAAUAGGCGUUUAUUUGCUGCAUCUCGCAGUCAUUGCAGCUUUUAUGCAAAAUGCAUUUGGCAUAUACAAACACAACUGAGCAGGUAACGCUUUCAGAUUAAGAAUGAUACAAAGGUAAGAUUCCGAGAGCACCAUGGGUUCUCCUUAUUUUAAAUAGCAGCUGCUGGGAAUUUUGCAGUCUUUGCUAUUACUUGAUUGUGUCUCUCCGCAAGGAGAAAAGUUGCAUAAAAAACAGCUGUGUGUCCUGGAUGAGACCAUUAUAAUUAAAACAUUUUGUCUUAUUUUGGUCAUCCCCUUGAUAAAUGUGGUAGUCUUCUUUAUUCAUUUUAAAGUUAUUCGUUUUAAUUCAUUUUAUUUAUUCACACCAAGAGCCAGUGUGGUGUAGUAGUUAGAGUGUCAGACCAGGACCUGGGAGAGACCAGGGUUCAAAUCUCUACAGCCAUGAAGCUGUGACCUUGGGCCAGUCACUGCCUCUCGGCUUAACCUACCUUACAGACUUGUUGUGGGAAUUAAAUUGAGAAAGGGAGAACAAUAUAUGACACCUCAAGCUCUUAGGAGAAAAAGGGUGGGAUAUAAAUGCAAUAAAUAAAUUUUACUUCCAGAAGGAAUCUGUGGUCUCUGACAAAUGUUGGCUGUUGACCAAAAUGUUUUUUAAUUGAUCUGUCCAGUCUCUUGACUAAGGCUCUAGAAGUCUUGGUGAGUAAAUUCUAUUGGGAAUGGAGGACUGUGCUUUUGGAGUGGGGGGAAAGAACUGCUUGUUAAAAGUCCACUGGAAGGAUCUUCAGUAAAUUGCUUAGUGUAAAUAGCUGCCUAUUAGCCCAAGAAGGUGUGAAAAGCCAGUUCAGAUAAAGAUUUGGGCUAAUACUGUAUUUUAAGUCUCAUUCAGAUGGUAGGAAUGGCAUGACCCUUUUGCAGAUGACUGAGCAGAGGCUAGAUUGAAAAAGAGAUGUGGAGGAACUUGUAUUGGCAGUGCCAGAAUGGGAUGGGAAGACUCAGACUAGUGAUGGAGGAGCACAAGUCAGGCUAGCAUGGUUGGAAGGUUUGCUGAGGAAAUGAGUCUCAAUUUGUUGGGGGUACAGGAUGGAAGCAGCAAGACAUGGAGGUGUUUGUUGGUGGAGGCGCAGGUUUCUGAUGGCAAAUGACCUUGUGGUCAAUAAAUAAAUUUUCAUGGCAUUGUCUGCACCAGUUCCUUUUAGCUUAAUGCGCCUCUCUGAAUAACACAAUGACUCUCAUCCUAUUACUUUUUUUAGGCUUUGUUCCUCAUUAGUGCUCUGCUUCUUGGUUGUUUGCCAGGAAAGCACUUCAUUAACAAGUUCAGGCCUCGCAUUUAAUUUGUACAAAUGUCUUGCAACAUCCCUCAUCCUGGCUACUUUACAGACCUUUCACCCUUCCUAGUCAGGGCUUUUUGCAACUCCCACCUAUUAACGGUAACAUUUCUGCUCAUUUCUUUUCAGGGUUGGGGCUCUCCUGUUCUUGCACAAUUGCCGCUACUUCCCAUUGGGGCAAGAACACUCCCUUCUGAAUCAUCUGUGUUCGCUGCAGAAAGCUUUGCAAUAUCAGUGGCCUCUGAUUACAUUAAAUUCCUGGGCUUUGCAGAGGGAGGGAGGGGGGUGGGAGACAGAAACUGUUACUCUUCAGUUCACUGCUGGCCUUAAACUUGCAGGGCUUUUGCUCAUGACUGUUACUUUUUGUCAACUUUCCCCCAUUUGCUCUGCUUAAUUCUAUUUAUUCAAAGAUUUGUAGCCAGACUUUCAUUAUAAAAUAGCAAGACAGUUAAUAGGAUAAAAUUUGUGCAGUAAACUAGUAAAAAACAAAGAAGCACAAAUACUAGAGAUGUCCAGAAUUUUCAGUGGAACCGGUACUAAAAAAACUGCACAGGAGUGCUUCCUUGAAUGUUUUAGCCAACUGGUGGAACGUUAUUGUUGUGCUGCCCUGCUUGUGUCUUUAGGGGAGUCCUCUUUCUCCAACCUACUUCCGUCCAGGUGUUUUGGACUAAAACUCCCCGUCAGCCCCAGACAUGUCAUGAUACAGGUCUAGGAGGGGCAGGAGCCAGAUUGCAGCUGGUUCCAGGCACACGUGGUGGUGGUGGGAUUGCUGCCUUUCUUCCCACAAAUGCAUAACUUGGUGGAACUGCUGUGGAUGAAGGCAGUUCUGUGUAGCAAAGAGCUGUGCUAUAUUUUACCCCUGUGGAUGGGUCAGUGGCCAGAGCUGUGGAAAAGUCUAGCAACUCUUUGAACUCAAAGCUGUUUGACAAGAGAAUGGACUUCCUAUGAAGACGGUGGCUCUCCUUCAUUGAAGGUUUUUUAAGCAGAGGUUGGUUGACCAUCUGUCAUGGAUGCUUUAGUUGAGAUUCCCGCAUUGCUGGAUCAGAGGGUCCUUAGGGUCCCUUCCAACUCUGCAAUUACAGUGGUACCUCUGGAUGCGAACGGAAUCCGUUCCGGAGCCCCGUUCGCAUCCUGAGUAGAAUGCAACCUGUGUGUGCGUGGGUCACGAUUCGCUGCUUCUGCGCAUGCGCUUGACAUCAUUUUGAGCGUCUGCACAUGCGCGAGCGGCAAAACCCGGAAGUAACGUGUUCUGUUAGUUCCGGGACGCCGCAGAGCGUAACCUGAAAACGCUCAACCUUUCUGGGCAAACCCAAAUAUUCUAAAAAAACUGGAGCCACUUUUUUGAAUUAUUUAACAAAAAUUGUAUAUUGCUUAACUGAAAAUUAAAUCUCUUGGUGGUUUGCAAACAAUAUAAAAUGCACAUUAAAAUUGUCAACCAAAAUAUUUAAAAUACAAGUUUAUAAAAAGCAAAAUGAAGAAUAUCAACAGUUUAAAAUUGCAUUCUAAGCUAAAAUUAUGGAUUAAAAUACACAUCAGCUUUAUUUGUCUGGUUGGCUUGUUCAAACUGAAAUUCCCCGCUCCCUUCUUCUGGACUCUAGAAGUAAUAGUGGAGAAUAGGGGAUUAAAGUAUGCACAGAUCUUUGGAGGUGAAAGGCAGUGACUGUGUCACUUUAAGAAUUUAUUUUGGGCAGGGGAGAGGCUACAUUCCCACAGGACAACCUAUCAGGGAAGGACUGCGUGCCUACCCUUCUUUCUAUUUCUCUCUGCCUUUCUCUCCCCUUCAUUUUUCCUUCCUUGCCUGUGCGCGCGCGCACACACACACACACACAGUUAGAUGCCAGGGGUGCAGGUUGCCCAUCCUUGAUCUAACUAGCUUAUUGUGACAAGAGCUUUUGUGGGUGCAGUGAGCUGGCUUGAUGAGACAGGGCUUUCUGUUCACCAGAACAUUCCACCUAAGGAAUAAAAUGUGUGACUUGGCAGGCAGCUUUAUUCUGUUUCUUGUCAAUUGUUAAUACAAGCCCUGAGAAAGUUAUCCAGUUUGUUAAUCUGGCCUGUGAAUCCUCUUGUCCCUGUUGACCUUGAAAAAUCCUCCAUUUUGAGUCUCAAAGCCCUGAGGUCAAAGUCAGAGUGCCUCCAAAGGCAGGGGGAGCAGCUCAGCCAAUAUUAUCCUCAAUGUUUUUCUUUUUCCUCCUGCUUGGGCUAUUAGCCACCUGUAACGCAGGCAUUGGGAUCACCUUUGCUUGGUUCAGUAGUCUUGGCAGUUUCCUUCUUUCAAAACUGCACUGCCAGCGGCAUCAGUCUGCCAUGGAAGUAAUUGGAGAACUUGGCAGUGGCUUAAUUUCUCCUUGGCCAGAGGAUAGAAGUCCCUCUUGUCUAUCAGCAAAGCUCCUUACAAGUCUCCUAUGGUCCCUAAUCAAUUACUGCUAAUAUAUAGUGGGGAAUUCUUAAAGAAAUGAAGGAGAAGGGUUUGGUGCUCACUUUCCAGCCAAGCCAGAGUCUGUGCUGAAAAAAUGGGACUUAAGGAAGGAUUUGAAGGAAGGGUGAUUUAGUAAGCUGCAGAAUUUUUUUUACAGAAACUCCUGUAUAGGAUAUAGGGUGCUCUUUCAAAUUUGAGAUCUUUAGUUCCACGAAGGUUACAAAUUCUAACCAGAGAAUACCAAUUUGUUUGGCUAUUGCCAUAAACAUAUAAAGUAACUUGUAUACUGAUCUCUGGUGUAUGUUCAAAAAAACUUCCUUGGAUGGGGAAAAUACUUAGACCUCUGGUGUUUGGGACAACUGGGGUACUGUCUUUUGUUUCCAGAAGUGAGACAAGAACUGUUGGGUGAUGAAGCAAGAUUUGGACUUAUAUUAUAUGGCAGCGUUUGCCAAUCUGGUACCCUCCAUGAGGUUUGCACUACAGCCAGUGCAGGGCAUCUAGGCUGUCAUGCAAACUGCAGGUAUUCUUCGUGUUAUGAUGAAGGAUGUGAUGUGACCAUGUAAAGCUUUGGGAAGCUCUGCACAAGAGCAUCACUUGACCACUUCUGGUUAGCGCCUGAGAAUAUUCCAUUUUAAAUCAUUUUCUUCUCUUUGCCUGCUCUUAGAACAAUGCUAAGGUGGCCGUGCUUGGUGCUUCUGGUGGGAUUGGCCAACCUCUCUCUCUCCUACUGAAGAAUAGCCCCUUAAUCAGUCGUCUCAACCUCUAUGAUAUCGCCCACACUCCUGGUGUAGCAGCUGACCUCAGCCACAUCGAAACGAGAGCUGAAGUGAAAGGUAUGAGUUGCCGGUUAAACUUCUGGUCUAGUGCUCUGUGUUUAUAUAUAAUUUGUGUGCUCCUAAUCCACAGCAUUUAUAUAUGUAGUUGGUUGUAAGAACCCAUAAUGGAUACGCGUUCCCCAGAACUAGAGUGAGCUGGGCCACUAGCCAAAGCUGACAGAAGGCACUUGGUGCCACCUGAGCCUCAAGCAAUAUUGAUGGAUUCAGAAGUACCCCUAUGCGGAUACAUCUGGUCCAGGGAACCACCCACUAACUAUGUUCCAGCCUUCUCUGGAUUCAGCUUCAGAUUAUCCAGUCCAUUGCUUUCUCUAAAUGAUUGUAAUAAUCAUUCAUAACUGGAGCAGGGAACCUGUGGCCCACCAGAUGUGGAUUAACUUGGACUCCCAGUGCCAUAGCCACUAUGGCCCGUGGUCAGAAAUUGAUGGGACUUUGUAGUACAGCAGCAACUAGAGGAUUCCCACCCCUGGGUUCCCACCUCUGAUUCAUAGCCAACCUUCCAUCCAUCCAGUCUAGGGAACCGCCAACUAACUGUGCCUCAAUCCUCUUAUCUGGAUUGAGCUUCAUUUUGUUGGCUCUCAUCCAGUCCAUUACUGAAGCAAGACAACAGCACAUCCACCGCCACACCUGCAGAUAUAAAGGAGAAGUAGAGCUGUGUGUCAUCAGCAUAUUGCCCAAUGCAAGGAGUACACAUUUUUGAUUCUCCCCACCCCACAAAACUGGACAAAGAGCCUGGAGGGGGAGAGCAACUCUAUAUACAGCAACUCCCCUUCUCCAACCCUCAAGUCUGCCCUGGUGCUGCACCCAGUACUCAGGUGAGCACAGCCAGGUAGGACCAAAUAUGGACUUUAGGCUGAGAAAUGUUCCCCACCCUACACUAAACCAUAGUUUAGCAUUGCAAGAAUGAGCUGCAGUGAGCCACUGGCUUGGGCACUUCUCUGGUGUGGCUGUAGAAAGGGAUUAAGAAGCAUUUGCUUCUGUUUUGGAUUGUGUCAUCUUGCCGCUUAUUGUGUCAUCCAAAGCCAGACAAAUGUGGUAGAUCUAAUCUAUCCCCACAAGGUUUUUCAGAGCUUUGCACACAGAGUCAAAUUGUUUUGCAGAAUGGGCUGGUUGCUGUGCUGAAAAAACUAGAAAAGUCUUGGGCUACCUACCACUACAGGCUUCCUAUAAACGUACUUGCCCAGUGGAAAAGUGUGUGUGAGGUCUUGGAAAAGUUCCUGUUCUUCCAUGCUUUGGAAAAAGUGGAGAUGCUUGUCAUAAUUGCGGAUGGGCAAAGGGUGUUCAGGAUGGUGAUGUGGCAUCAGUGUGAUUUGUGUUGAUUGCAAAGGCUUAUCUGUGUGCUAAAGUGCAAACCCAUGAAUUCUCUGGAGUGUAGAACAAGGGAGAGCAGGGUGGUUCCUUUUUUGUGCUGUGGCUGUUAGCAGAGUUGAAGGUUUGGCCUCAUCCUUCCAUUUCCCACCAUGAAUCAUGUUGGUGGGAGGUGGAACUACAGUGACAGAGAAUCUCUGCUUAUCUACCUCUCCUGAUCCACCUCUGCCCUCUUAUUCCUGGAGGACAUCACUGGGCAACAAUUUUUUACUUUUUGAAUGUUGUCUAGAUUUCUACAACUGAUUUAGAGUAUUUUUGCACUGCUGAAUCAGGAAAUGGCAUCCGUUUCUCUCCAUCAGGUCAGGUUUUUGUGCUAUGUUGAUUUGAAAAGAAUCAGAUCUUGUGACAAAAUCGAUUACAUUUUUGUGGCAUUAUCAGCUGAUUUUUGUCAACACAUAUCAUCCUAAAUAUGUUUUUAAGAGAAAAAAAUGUUUUUCCAACAACAUAUAUUGAUUACCUGAUAGAAACAUCGAAUACUGUAAACUGAAUGGUGGGCAUUGAUAAAGGUAAGUACACGUAAAUUGCAUGUUGCUUCACCAUUUUUCAAACUUCAGGGCUUGAACUUCCGUUUCUUGGAACUCCUGGAAUGCUCAGCGGCAGGGAGGUCUCUCUUCAGAGUCCAACAGUAGUCAGCCAUCAUGACUGCAUCCCAGCAACCCUGAUACCUGGUCUCCAUCUCUUUCAUGUCCUGAUGGAAUCUCUCCCCCUGCUCGUCACUCAUUGAACCCAGGUUCUCAGGAAACCGGUCCAUAUGUGAAAAUAGGUCGUGCAUCUUGACGCUCAUGUUGCAGCCCAGGUUUCUGAAAGCAGUCAGCAUGUUGUUGACAAGUUCUGCGUAGUUUCUGGCCUUAUUGUUGCCAAGAAAGUUCUUCACUACCAGAACAAAUGCCUUCCACGCUUCCAGUUCCACUUUGUUCAUUGACUUUCCGAACUCUGGAUCUCUGAUGAGCUGACGGAUCUGAGGACCGUCAAAGAUGCCAGCUUUCAACUUCUCCAUGGACAAUCCUGGAAAAGCCUGGCACAAGUAAGUGAAGAAGUCACCAUCCUUGUCCAGAGCCUUGGUGAACUGCUUGAUUAAGCCGAGCUUGAUGUGCAGUGGUGGGAAGAGUAUUCUGUCUCUGUCCACCAGAGGGUCGUUGAUGACGUUCCUUUUUUUGCAAGGCACCAAUUCCUCCCGCACAGGCCAGUCCUUCUUCGUGUAAUGCUGAGCACGGUCCUUACUAUCCCACAUGCACAGAAAACAUGGGUACUUGGUGAAGCCAGACUGUUGUCCCAACAAAAAGUUCACCAUCUUCAGGUCAACACAAAUAAACCACUUAUGCUGAUCAUAACCAAUUUUCUCCAGCACAUACUUCACCCCUUCAUAGUUCUCCUUCAGUGUGCUCGAGUGAGCCAGGGGUUUUGAUCCCCAACUUUAUGCUUUGCCGCACCAAUUUAUGGAAGAUUUCGAGGUUUUAUGACUUCAAACUGAUCCCUUUUCGACAUAAUCACCCAGAACUAUUGAACCUGAAUACUUCUUGUAAUUAAAAUAAUCAUUUCCAAUCAAAACAAUUAUUUGACAUGGCAUUUUACCCCCACCAACUUCUUCUAAAAUGCUCCACACAAGCGUACAUGUGAACAAAAAUGUAAAAAAAUGACAUGUGGCCAUAACUCAAAAACUUGACCUGAUUGAGCAAAACCAAUGUGAUUUUUGGAUUCAGCGCAUCAGAUUCGUCCUAAAUCAGCUGAAAAAACGCAGACAACAAAUUUGUUGUUGACCAGUGCAUUGUAAGAAAUGCAAGUUUGUGUGUGUGCAGCUGCAGUGGCUAUGAAUCUCUCUAUGAGUUCCUCUUUCCCUGUUGGAAGGUUGCCUAGAGAGAAACACAUUCCCAUUUGCAGUAUCCCACACUCUGAAUUGAGCAAGCGGCAAAGGGUGGCCCUUUGUUUGUCCUCCAUAAUAACCCUAUCUCUGUGUUGAGAAGGACAAAGCUUCAGCCACACUCAACUGCAGGUUUAAUUAAAAAUGAUAUAAAGCUUAUGGAGAGGCUUCUAUUGGUUGGUGCUUGAGCUUGCUCAGCUCAGAACUCUGUUUGUAGAUUCUACCCCCAUCCCACCCCAUCUGAAUAUGCCUUCCCAGUUUGAGUAAGUGAACUUGUCUGGCUAGCUUGCUUGACAUGCUAUCUGCUGCUGCUCCAUGAAGCUCUUAUUCUGCCUAUAUUUGUGCCCCAUUGAGGAUCAGUGCAUAGUGCUGUUAAUAAAGCCAUAAGUGGUUUGGAACCCACUUACCUGAAGAGGAAUCUUGGCCUGCCCAUGUCUUAAGAUGAAGGUUAAGACGUUUUUAUCCAGAUAUUUUAAUUUGUGUAAUCUUCAGGGUGAAUAUUUCAAUGUUGAUUCCUGAUGUUAGUGUGCGUUGUCUUAAGUUUUAAUUAUAAAUGAUGUAUUGGGUUUUAGUUAAUGUAUUGUCUAUAUUGUCAAAAUCUGUUUACAUGAAGAGUGGUAUAGAAGUGUGUUAAGUAUUGACUGGAAGCUGCAAGGUGCUGCAUCUUGAUGCAAUGGAAUACUGCUUCAGGAUGCUACGUUUAAAAUAAUAGAAAAAAUUGGUUCAUCAACAGCAAAUGUGUCUUCAAUUCCUGCACACACACAUAAUUCAGCAUGUUGAGUUCAUCUGGAUGAAUGAUCUGCCAAUAGAAAAGUGUAAAUGCAGCUAUCUCUUUUUUUCACUUCAGGUUUCCUAGGACCUGAGCAGUUGCCAGAGUCUCUGAAGGGCUGCGAAGUUGUUGUUAUUCCAGCCGGUGUUCCUAGAAAGCCGGGUAAGUCUUUUAAUCUACGGAAAUUCUAAAGGCGUGCCAAGUCACGUGGGAUUGUUGGGUAAGUGCACCUGGCAUCGCCUGGUGCCCCUGUUGAGGCACUCAAAUUUGUGCCUUCGGCAAUCUUCGCGGAGCUCUGGCCCAAUGGUUGCCAGUGGUUUGAUUUGAAUUAAUGAAUGAUUUUAAGAGUGUUGUGUUGUGUUGUACUGUUGUACUGUUUUAUUGUUGUUAGCCGCCCUGAGCCCGGCUUCGGCUGGGGAGGGCGGGAUAUAAAUAAAAUGUAUUAUUAUUAUUAUUAUUGUGCCUGAGGAAUAGGUAUGGUAUUCCAGGAAAACUUGUACCUCUGCCUCCCCUUGUAGGCCAAUGAUCAAAACAGUUCCUGCUUGAGCUUCUAUUAGACUCAAAGGGCUGUGCAUAAGUCUUCGCUUGGUGGCUCUUCAGUGAAGCUGGAAUAAAGCGCUUGAUACCUUGUAUUUUAUUUUUAUUUAUUGUGUACAAUUAUUUAUAUCCUGCUUUCUGAGGCAGCUUACAGGAAACAUUAAACUGCAUUUUUAAAAACCACAAUAAACAAUGUCAGAAUGCAUAGACUGUAACUGGGAGUCUUCCCACAGGCCAGUUGGCAGCAGAAUGGCCUGAGGAGAAAGCUCAGCAAACUUAAAAUAGCUUGUAAUAUUACAAUUCCCUCCCUCUCUAUUCUCCAGGCUUCUCCCAGUUGCCAUAGGAAGGCCCAUAGCUCGGUGGUAGAGCACCUGCUUUGACUGCAGAAGGGCCAUUGUCCAAUCCUUGGCAUAUCUAGGACUGGGAGAGAUUGAUGCCUGAAACCUUGGAGAGCCACCACUAGUCAAGAUGUAGAUAACACUGAGCUAGACUGACCUUUGGUUCAGCUCUCCAUGUAAGGCAGUUUCCUAUGUCCCCAUAAUUUGCUGCCUUGUCCAACAUUUGCUGAUCUAAAUUCCUUCCUGCAGACCUUCAGUGCUUCUAAUCCCCACAGUCCAAGAAUGUUUGGGGGGAGGAGAGAGGUAGGCUGGAGCCCUUUUAGGCAGUGCAAAGUCUGUUUUUCCUUGAAAUACCCACUUUUUGUGCCUCCUGCCACUGUCUCCAUCUGACACUUGAGAACUUCUGGCAACCAUGCCUUUUAAUUUAAAUUUGUCAAGAGCCCUCUUCUGAAACUGGAGGGGAAAAUCAGCGUGAGGCCUUGGGGAGAGACCCUGCUCUUUCAUCAGCUUUGGGGGAGGUAUUGUUUGUUUAGCAUUCAAAGUGGUUCGGUGCAAUGCAGCUGAAUCCUGAAAUUCAACCCAGCUUGCACAAUUACACUGGGCCUUAGAGGUACUUGGAGCGCUCAGUGUGAAGUUGCCACCAGAGGUGUCAUUCCUCCCUCCACUCUGGAGGGGAUCAGGAAGAGCCGAACUUUUUCACUGCCUGCUGCUGCCAGAGGAGGUGUUUCAGCCUAUGUUCCAUGCUGGCAACCAGAGAUGGUUGAAGUGCAGUGGUGUUGCAGACAAGGGAGGCACCUGCCUUUUCCUGGGGCAUGUAUGUCGACAGCCCAGGGACUACAUUCCAUCAUGGGCAGCCUUCUUCCAGCCAGUGAUGGGCAGCGCAAUGGAUAUACAACUCUUGCUUUGGUGUGGUAGACUACAUUUCAGCCAUGCAAAAGUCUCCACAUCUCUCCAUUGCCCUUCUAGGCGAGUAAGAGGCACUAGCACAGUUCAAAGGCACUCAUGGUGGGUGUGUAGCAGGGGCAGAGAGGCAUGGCCUAGGGAGUGCCCUGAGGGCCAGAGAGAGAUGGAGGGCCGCAUUCAUCCCACAGACCCUCAGGUCCCCUGCCUCGUGUGUAGUGCCCAGCUGGGGACUUAUCUAUGAGUGUACCUGUGAUGUGAUUUCUCUUCAUCUGAAUGGGGGUUAGAUAGAUACUGGAAAGCAGCUAAUAAGUUUCUCCACUGUGCUCUAUAGGUAUGACCCGUGAUGACCUUUUCAACACGAAUGCCACCAUUGUUGCUAACCUGGCAGCCGCUUGUGCCCAGCACUGCCCUGAAGCCAUGAUCUGUGUGAUUGCAAAUCCGGUAAGCAAAUUCCAGCCUCCCUUUGCCUGUGAGUAAAGGAGUUCAGUGUGUCUGACAGUAGCCGGCUUGGGAAACAGGUGUGUGCCUUUUUCUCUUAUCUCCCCUGAUAUAGAGGGAGCUUUAUGCAUUUAAAGGGGCAAUGAAUUUUUCUUUUUGCUUUCAGGUCAAUUCUACCAUCCCAAUUACCUCUGAGGUCUUUAAGAAGCAUGGGGUAUACAACCCCAACAAAAUUUUCGGCGUCACAACACUGGACAUUGUCCGAGCAAACACUUUUGUGGCUGAACUGAAGGUAUGUUGUUGCAGUCUGGGCUCACAUUUGGCAUUGAGGACUCCAUUAAUGUCCUUGGGUCUCACUGUAGCAUAAGGAUUUGUGGUGAUGGGACUUCCCCAGAUUCCUGUCUGUGGUACAGGCCCAGUUAGAAAGUGAAUUUUUGGCUCUGUCCUUUCAUAAGCCCAAGUCCUUGAGCUGCCUCCACCCCUGCCAGAAAUGGCUCUACUGUAGAAAAGGUACUGUAUGUUCAGGCGUAUGCUUUUUAGUGUACAACUUUUUAACCCUGGAAAAUCACCCCAAAAGUCGGGGGUCGUCUUAUACACUGGGUAUAUGCGUUGGGAAGGAGGAGAGGGAGCCGGUGAGCAGAGGCGCCCCUUCUGCCGUCGCUCCCCUUCCAUUCCCACAGAAGGGGACGCGGAUAGUCCUUCCGAGUGCGGUGCUCACCUGCCCGCCCGCCAAACGGCUCGCCUCGGGCUGCUGCGACGGCAGAGGUAGCAGAGGGGUGUGUGCUCUGCCCCUGGCAGCGCUCAAACUCUAUAACUCUAAAACUGAACAGCAAAAUUUGGGGGGUCGUCUUAUACUCCCAGUCGCCUAAUAUGCUGGAAUCUACGGUACCUGGAUUUUAAUUUUCUUAAGCCAGUGUUUAAUGCUACAAACUUCGUUACUGAGUGCAGAUUUGGGACUUGUCUAACAGCAUGUGGAUAAUCUAAACAAGGGACUGUGAACAGAAUCCUGAUUCAGAGAGUAGCAGCUACAGGAGGAAGUAGCCAGUUGAGAGGGCAAAUCAUAUUGCACCUAAGCAGGGGCAGUCAAUGUGGUGCCCUCUGGAUAUUGUUGAACAACAGCUGGAUUCCUUGUACCCUUUAAUAUUCCCUCUGCAACUACAGAGGGCUGAAUCAAACCUAUAAAAAUUACAAGCUGCCAUGCCCAGCAGGCUGUUGACUGGGUGGCAAACACCCUGCCGUGGGUAACACAUUGGCUGUUACUUGGGUGGUUUGGCGUUCAACAGCAUGGUUGCUGCCUCAGGGUCUGCUAGGAUGAUGAACACCCUAACCUCCUUAGACUCUGCGGGUCCUGUUCUCUGCCUGUCCAGUCACAAAGCAAAAGGCAGCUUGACGUUUCAACGCCCUGUGAUCUCUUUGCCAGCUAGGCACACUUUGUGAAAGACUUAGAAGGCCUAUUGUCCUGAGCCAAAGAAAAACUGAUCUCUGGCCAGCUGCUGUCCGCUGAAACAGAACAGCAUGUCCCCCCUUCACCUUGGCAUAAGGUUGCAGGGAUAAUAAAUAGAAAUCCCAUGAUGUGGUUUUGAUUUACUCCUUUGCACUUCGGCUGCAGGCCAAAACAUUUCCAGAUCUAUCUUCUGCAUAUUAUUAGCCCGCUCUUGGGGUUGGGAAGAAGCGGUGGCCGAAGAACCUCUGAGCGUAGUUCAGUUGCAGAUUAUGGGUUCAAGUGCUCAGCUGUAUUUCCAGAAAUCAGGCCUCUCAAAUCUGUGCUCAUUGCUCUUUUGCUGCCAGGGCACUUUAAAUACCUGCUUUUUCUCAGGGGUUGCAGUGUUGGGUUACCUUGAUGUUUCCGUUCUGCCCGCACCUGCAGUUCAUUUGCAUUUUGCAAAUUAAAUUGAAUAUCUCUAUACCUUACAAAGGUUUUUACCUUUUACCACUUCUUUUUGGGAAGGAAAGAUAGGCAUGGGAAUUAGGAGAGACAGAACGGCAGAGGUGCUAGAGCCUCACUUCUUAUCACGCCCUGGAAGGGCCCAAGCCUUAACUGGACAUUUCCCACUAAUUUGAGUGUUUCCCUGUUCCAUGAGGGAUAGGAACUCCCCCACCCCACCCCCACCCCCCAAUCAUAAAAUGAAAGUCGGGAUCUUGGGAAUAUUGGUUCUGUAUCAUCGCAAUCCAUCUGCAGGUGCAAAGAGCAUGCACAUACCUUUUUAAAAAAAUUUUUUUUAAAAGAAAAGUACAUUCCGUCAUGCAAAAGUACAUAAUACAUGUAUUUUGGGGAUUGGUGCCCAGAACCUUCCUUUCAAUUCAACAGUUCAGUUUUACACUUUAACAACAACAACAACAACAACAACAUGCAUCAGAUCAUUUCCAGAUUGUAAGUGGAUGUACCAAUCUUUGGCCGUGUUCACACCAUAUAUGUAAAGCACUGUGAUACCACUUUAAGCCAGCAUGACCUCCCCCAAGGAAUCCUGACAGAUGUAGUUUUUUAAUGGUGCUGACUGUUGUUAGGAAGCUCCCUAUUCCUCUUCUCAGACUACAAUUCCCAGAGUCCCAUUGGAAGAGGAUUGGCUUUUAAACCUCUGGGAAGUUUAGCUCUCUGAGGGGGAAUAGGAGUUUCCGUAACAAUUCUCGUCAACCUCAAAAAAAACCCUACAACACCCAGAAUUCUUUGAGGGAAGCCAUGAUGGUCAUAGUGCUUUAAAUGUAUGGUGCUUUUGUGGCCUUUUCCAGUCCUUAAACUGAUACCAGCCCAUCUAGCUACCAGCCCAUCACUAGGCACAAGUUUAAAGGGCUGGUGUACUUGCAAUACAGUUGGGUCUGCUGGCCUUUUAAGUUCAUAUGAUUGCUGCUAAUUGUGGCAGACCUGCCUCUCUUCCACAGGGCUUGGAUCCAGCUCGUGUAAACGUCCCUGUGAUCGGCGGCCAUGCAGGAAAGACUAUCAUCCCUCUGAUUUCUCAGGUCUGUGUUAGAGUCCUGACUGUUCCAGAGUUUCAUGAUAGCUCUGGCUCUGGAAAAGUUGCCUGUGUGUAUUUGUGAGGAAAGUGUCUGUUAUUGGAAGUAUAGCUGCAGAGCCUUCCAGGAGAGUUUGGCUAUGAAUGGGAAGAGAAAGGCUUAUGUGACCAAUUGGAAAGAGAGACUGAAAGUCCUACAGUCAGUCUCAUCUUAGAGCAUGCGAUAGUGAGUUCAGAGGGGGCUUGCACAGGAGGUAGUGAUGGCUACUUGGAUGGCUUUAAAAGAGAAUUGGAUAAAUUCAUGGAGGAGAGGGCUAUUGAUGGCUACUAGCCUUGAUGAUUAUCCUCUGCCUCCACACUUGGAGGCAGCCAUGCUUCUGAAUAGCAGUUUCUGGAAACCACAGGAAGGGGAGAGUGCUCUUGCGCUUGGAUCCUGCUUGCUGGUUUCCCAGCUGUUUGGCCACACUGAGAACAGGGUGCUAGAUUAGCUGGACCAUUGGUGUGCUCCAGCAGGCUCUUUUGUUCUUGCACUUUAAAAUUCUCCUGAUCGACCGAUGACAAAAUUCUGCGUGGGGAGCUCAGUAACACAGUCAGUGCCAAAAGCUUGAAGUCAGUGGCUGUCAGCUGAUAGGCACUUCCUUCAGGCUCUACUUCCUGCAAGGGUUGGGUGUGCUACUGAUUUCCCCAUGGGGACAAGUGAGUGUGAUUUGGAGGAAACACCCUUGUGGGCCAGAUAGGAAUCUUUGUCGAGCCUCAUUCAACCUGCAGGCUAGAGAUUCCCCACGCAUGUUGUUGUAUCCAGCCAAACUCUACUUGGGAGUCAACCCAUUGAUACCGGCAAACCUGAGUUAUGUCAUUUAUUUUCAGUGGGUCUCCUCUGAAUGUGACACAUGUUGGAUACAACCCUUAAUCUUAUAAAUGCUUAAGCAGGGUACAUGUAACACUUGUUAAAAUAAUUUUAAUAAAAUAAACAAAACUUAAUAUAUGACUCAUACAUGGCUGAAUCAUAAAUCUAUUCCUCCUCCUCUUACAGUGUACACCCAAAGUAGAUUUCCCUCAGGACCAGUUGACAGCCCUUACUGGAAGGAUUCAGGAGGCUGGGACGGAGGUUGUCAAGGCAAAAGCAGGUGCAGGUAGGUUGACUCACGGGAACGUUCCCCCUCUGGAUUCCCAUGUAGUAUCCUUAAGUGGGGCAGUGCUACCAGUGGGGCUUAGUGAGUUAUCAGCCGCAGGCUUCCCCCUUGUGCCCCUUCCUCACCAGGUGUUUUGCCGGCCAGCAGUGCAGCUUGUUCUUCUUGUCCAGCUGGACUGAUCCCUCUCCAGCCCAGCAACCACAAAGGAAGCAGGUGAAAAUGCUCCAGCUGAGGCGAGAGUGUUGAGCUUCCCUUCAGCUCUGCAGUCCCAGAAUAGCUGGCAACUGGGAGUGUUCUUUGUGGCAGGGCCAGUGGAAGCAAGGUCCCUACAGUUUCUUUCUCUGACCAGUGGAUAGAGUUUAGGCUGGUCUGCCCCCCCCCCCCAGCCGCCUUCAUAUUCUUCCUGAGAGACAAAGUGGUGCAGUGUCCCAGUGACCCUUGUUCCCAUUCAAUGAAACUUUAGACACUUCAUAAAGGGCUGUAUGAGAUGGUUAUUGCCAUGAAGGUGACAAUCCAGAUUUUAAGACGUGGCAUGAAAGGGAAAAGGAGGGAAAAGGAAAAGGAGUAAGGUGUAAAAAGAACAAAGUUUCUAUAAGGGCCAACUGAAAUGGGAAAAAAUAGUUCAGGAGGAGGAGGAGCCAUAUAGUGGCUGGUAUGUAGUUCAGCUGAUGAGUUCAUCUCCCAUUGCUGCAGAUGAAUUCAUUAUUGUGCAAUCUUUAAAGUGGGGGUGGGUAACCUGUGGUCCUCCAGGUGUUAUCAGACUGUUACCCCCCCCCCCCAAAUAAUCCCUGGCUAUUGACCAUACUGGCUGCUGGGAGUUGGGAGUCCAACCACAUCUAGACGAGGGCCACAGAUGUUUUUCUGUCUUGUCUUAAAGCAACCCUGUUAAGUGGGGGAGGAGUAUUACUGUCCUUGUAAUUGCAGAUCGGGGUAUCCAAUGUGGUGCCGUCCAGAUGUUGUUGGACUCCCAACUCCUACCAACCAUACCCAAUGUGGUCAGUGGUUGGGGAUGGUAGGCAUUAGGAGUAAAAAAGAAUAUCUAGAGGGCACCUUGUCGGCUAUUACAGAUGGGCAGCUGAGGCUGAGAGAGAAUAGCUGGUCCAUGGCAAAAGUGAGAUUCAAAUGCAGGACCCCUUGGUUAUUAGCUCAUGUUGUUAGCUAGUAGGCUGCACCAGCAUACAUCUUUUGAGGCAUGCUGUGUGCUGGGAAGCUUUUGCUGUAUUCCUUUUGGGGAAACAGUUGGCCUGUGGGGGGCAGGGUUCACCACUGAAACAUUUCCCACAUAACUCCAGAUGAUGGCUUCAGAAUUGUGCUUGCACAUUAGGUAAGCAGACCCCUUGUCCGUGUUCCUCCACGCUGUUGAAUCUUUUCCCAUUUUCCCCCAACAGGAUCAGCCACGCUCUCUAUGGCUUAUGCUGGUGCCCGGUUUGUUUUCUCCGUCCUGGAUGCGAUGAAUGGGAAGGAGGGGGUCAUUGAGUGCUCUUUUGUCCGGUCAGAGGAAACUGAGUGCCCAUAUUUCUCCACGCCACUGCUGUUUGGGGUAUGGAGCUGUGGUGACACUUGUGUCUAUUUGCAUAUAUGUGUAGAUCACCUUCCAACCACUUGAUUCUCGAAUUUUGCCCAUUUUUUCAGGCAUAUGCCUGUCACUGGCAUUGCAUUGGAGAAGCCUUGGUCUCAGGCUCAUAAACCUAAAAAGACAAGAUACCCAAACUGGGGGAAGGGGGAGUGGAAGGAAAAAGGAUAGAGGAAGGAGAUAACUUUGACAAUGCCAGAAGGAAGUGGUGGGUUGUGAACGGGCAUUGAAAUCCCUCUGGGGCCAGGCUGGGCGACCUUGCUUGGACAGAGAGAGCAGAGUUCAGGGCAAGGGUUUUACGCCAGGCAGAUUUUGCAAAGGAGGUCUUCAGCAUUACCUGGCCCUAGGUAGUUUAGGGAAGCCUUCUUCAACCUCCAUGUGUUUUUCUUGCUAGGGCUGAUGGGAGUUGUCAUCAUAGUGUUUUAAACAUGUGGUCUGAAUAUGGCCUUUGUAACAGAGACUUUUCCAGCUAAAGCAACAUUUGUCUCUCUUGCGUUUGCUUCGUUGUGCUAAUCUCCCCACCCCUCACUUCCCCCUUUCUUCCCUUUUAGAAAAACGGCAUUGAGAAGAACCUAGGCAUUGGCAAGAUUUCUCCUUUUGAAGAGAAGAUGGUGGCAGAGGCAGUUUCGGAGCUGAAGGCUUCCAUCAAGAAAGGGGAAGAGUUUGCCAAGAGCAUGAAGUGAAGAUCUGUUGAUGACAAAAGAAGAGAACUGCAGCCCCCUUAAUUUAUUUUAAGGUGCAUCAUGUCACUUUAAAGGCUUCCGGAGCAAAGCAUUGAGUUCUGCUUCCAGGCCUUGAUGUUAGCCCUGCCCUAUAAAUCUGUUGAUUGGAAUUCCGUUCCACAAUUAAAAAACAACCUGUUUAUUUUUCCCCAAUGUGUU